AUGACCGACCACGGCCGCCGCGACUUAAGCGACAAGAUCGCUGCCAAGCUCAAGCCCGAGAGCCGCAAGACUGUUGCCGAGAGUACUGGCGACAAGGUUGCGGGCAAGCUGGACGCGGCCGCAAGCCGCAUGCAGCCGCAACACCACAAGAGCGUCGGCCAGAAGAUCAGUGAUGCGUUCACCAGGGACACGUCGAACCGGCGCGUCGUUUAA